AAACAAAACAAAACAAAACAAAUUCAAUCUAUUUGUUUCUCAUUAUCUUCUGAACUCUUUCUCCUCUCUCUAUCUUCUCUAUGUGUUUAGUUUAGGGUUUUAUGGUGGUUUUAAGUAGCGAACAGAGGCAAACAUAAUUAAGUAUGGCUUCUAACCCAGCCAAUCUAUGGGUGCUAUUAGGACUGGGAAUUGCUGGUAUUUUAUUAGUUACUAAAAAAUUGAAGAGAGCAAUAAGAGAAGAUUUUGGUGCUUUUGUUGAAAAGCUUCAGCUUCUUCCUCCUCCUCCUCCGCCUCCUCCUAAAGCUCCUCAUCCUCUCACCGCCCUUACCUUUGCCGUCUCCGACGUAUUUGACAUUGAAGGAUAUGUGACUGGAUUUGGUCAUCCGGAUUGGGUGAGAACACAUGACGUAGCUUCUCAGACGUCUCCUGUGGUUUCAGCUCUUGUUGAGGGAGGUGCCACUUGCAUAGGGAAAACUGUUGUGGAUGAACUUGCUUAUAGUAUCAAUGGAGAAAAUAAGCAUUAUGGUACACCCAUUAAUCCAGCUGUGCCUGCAUGUGUACCAGGGGGUUCCUCUAGCGGAGCUGCUGUUGCUGUAGCUGCUAAUCUGGUUGACUUCUCUUUAGGUGUUGACACUGUUGGUGGUGUGAGAUUACCAGCUGCAUUUUGUGGCAUUAUAGGAUUCAGACCCUCAUAUGGAGUAAUCCCUCACAUGGGAGUCUUAGCUGUUUCAGCAAGUCUGGACACUGUUGGAUGGUUUGCUAGAGAUCCCAAUGUUAUGCGCCGUGUUGGACAUUUACUUUUGCAAUUGCCAUUUGGAGCUCAGCGUAAUCCAAGACAAGUUAUAAUUGCUGAUGAUUGUUUUCAACUGUUGAAGAUUCCUGCAGACAGGAUUGCUCAAGUUGUAAUUAAAUCCACAGAAAAGUGUUUUGGAAGACAAAUUUUAAAGCAUGAAAAUCUAGACAACCUUUUACUUUCUAAAGUUCCUAGCUUGAAACUUUUACACGACAAGAAGACAAAUGGCGAACUUAGAACUUCGUCAAUAAGAUUGUUUGCAAAUAUAAUGCGGCUUCUACACAGAUACGAGUUCAGAAAUAAUCAUGAAGAGUGGAUUAAUAUUGAGAAGCCUAAUUUUGAUCAUAAUAUGUUGGCAGAAAUACAUGAAAUCAUAGACAUUCCAAAUGCAGAGAUGGAAAUUUAUAAAUCAAUUAGGGAUGAAAUACGUGCAUCUAUCAAUUCACUUUUGAAGGAUGAUGGAAUUCUAGUGAUCCCUACUACUGCAUAUCUUCCUCCAAAACUUGGUGCGAAGGAGAUGUCUUCUGAGGACUACCAAAUUCUUUCAUUUUGUCUAUUGAGUAUUGCAAGCCUAUCAGGUUGCUGUCAGGUAACAGUUCCACUGGGACUCUAUGAGAAGUGUCCUGUGUCAGUUUCCUUCAUAGCUAGGCAUGGGGGUGAUAGAUUUUUACUGGAUACUGUACAGAACAUGUAUGCAACUCUACAAGAGCAGGUUGAUAUGCUUGCAAAAUCUAAGGUUUCUCAUACUCCAGAUGGCCAGGAAAGAUCUGCUGAGAUGGCUAAAGAAAAGGGCAACCAAGCAUUCAAAGAAAAGCAGUGGCAGAAAGCUAUUAGCUGUUAUACUGAAGCUAUUAAGUUGAAUGGCAAGAAUGCAACAUAUUAUAGUAACAGAGCUGCUGCAUAUCUUGAAGUUGGGAGUUUCCUUCAAGCUGAGGCUGAUUGUACCAAAGCUAUCAACCUUGAUAAGAAGAACGUAAAGGCCUAUUUUAGAAGAGGCACAGCGAGAGAGAUGAUUGGUUAUUAUAAGGAGGCAAUUGAAGAUUUCCAAUAUGCGCUGGUGCUUGAGCCAACUAAUAAAAGAGCAGCUCUUUCUGCGGAAAGGUUACGUAAGAUGUUUCAAUAGACUUUCAAAGAAUGGCGUACACUACCAUCAUUUUUUAUCGGGAACUUCAUUAAUUAAGCGAUUGCUUACUACUACUAUCCGUUUGAUUAUCUCACACGAGAAUUCUUCGAGGAUGCGUUGUGGAUACAGACAGGAGUGUAACAAAUGAAUACAGGCGGGAAAGUAACCCUUUCUUUGUUGAAAGCAAAGACUGUAGAUGUGAAGAGUAGUAUUUUUGUCCCAUCUCAUAUACAUUUAGCAGAAGUGGAUAAUUGUCGCUCUUUUAAGAAUCUGUUAGUAUUCACACAAUUUUGUGCCUAUUAUUUUAUGUUCAUUAUGUAGCUUAUAAAGUUAUAAUUC